AUUUUAUGAAAAUGUAUUUCGAUUAAAACAAACAGUUUAAACUUUUGAGUGAUGUGCCACAUCUGUAAGUAGUGUAUAAGUGUUUGAGGUGAGAGUCAAAAUGCGCUCCAAAAUUUCUAUUGGGCUGGUGAUAGGGCUCUGUUCUCUGUCAACAUGGCUGUUUGCUCAUCUGUAUAAAGAACUGCUAACAGCUUAUGAGCAGUCGGGUUCGCUCACCAAUAUGGAAUAUUCAUGGUUUUUCCGUCUGCUGCUCAACUUUGCUGGAUAUGCCACAGUUUUGUUACCGCUCUUUAUCAUGUAUAAAUAUAUCGAUAAAACCAAUUAUUUUGAUAAAAUAGUCAGCAAUGGGUGCUUCUCGCGGUGUCUCGUCGCAUGCUUCGGUGAGCCGAAUGAGCGGAUGCCCGAUACGGUGAAGCCUCUCAAAGUUGAUGAGACUCCAGCUCGUGAGAGCCUUGAACUUGCGUUCUGCUUUGCUGGCUUAAUGGGUGCCUAUUUAGUCUGGGGCUUGCUCCAAGAAAAGAUAAUGACACAGAACUAUGUGAUGCCCGACGGCAGUUUGCUGAGGUUCAACGAUUCUCAAUUCCUCGUAUUUAUUAACCGGCUGUUAGCAUUCACGAUCGCGCUAGCGCGCCUCAUCUGUAUGCGAAAACACCUUGUCGUCGCGCCACUUUAUAAGUUCUCUUUUUGCUCUCUCACUAAUGUAAUCAGUGCCUGGUGUCAGUAUGAAGCCCUUAAGUACGUCAGUUUUCCUACACAGGUCCUUUCAAAGUCAUGUAAAGUGAUACCGGUGAUGCUGAUGGGCAAAGUGGUGUCCAGGAACAAAUACGAGUUGUACGAAUACGUGACGGCUGGUCUUAUAUCGGUGGGCAUGGUACUUUUCAUGUUCGGCAGCCACGACGAUAACGCAGUAUCAACUAUGACCACGAUGUCUGGGUUUAUGCUCCUUGCGCUAUACAUGAUGUGCGACAGUUUCACAUCGUCGUGGCAGGACGCUCUUUUCAUGCAGUACAACUGCAACUCCAUGCAGAUGCUUUGUGGGGUUAACCUCUUCUCGUGCUUAUUGACCGCUUCGGCACUCUUGCAUCACUCGUCCACUAUGAAUUCCAUAGCGUUGUUACAGCACCCAGUGUUUGCGUCGGACUGUUUCCUGUUAUCGGUGAGCUCGGCCAUCGGACAGCUGAUAAUUUACCACACCGUCUCCAAGUUCGGCGCUGUCGUGUUCACUAUCAUCAUGACACUUAGGCAGUUAUAGCUGCUGAUCACAUGCGUUCUAUGCAUCGAUAAUCACCCGGUAUGGUCAAUUACAAACAAGAAACUGAUUACAUCGAGUGAGUUUGUGUGCAUUAUAAUGUAAGAUGCUCAAAUAUUUAUAUGUGUGUGUUAUAAUGCACUGUUGUAGUCAAUUGAAACAGUGAUUAGACGUAGAUUGUGUGUCUGGCGUAAGGGAUAACUCACCAUACAAUUUAUACAAACACAUAUCUCAACUGUUUGUGUACUAGCUGUGGCCGACUAUUGACUUAUUUCCCAGGCAUUUUUUUUAAAACGUUGGUGUGUCUUUAAUCUCAACGUAUCUACGUGAGUCGGUCAUUUUAAAGAUAAGCUAAAUCUUUUGCGUGUACAUACUGCAUCGAGAAUAUAACCAGAAAUAGACACGAAAUGUCAAUUGACGUUAUUCAACAAAAUGUAAGUUUUCUAUUUUCGUCCAUUAUAGCAAAGCUCAAGUUAAACUGUUCGAUUUGAACUAAAACAAUUGACGACGCCUGUCAAUGGUUUCGAAUUCGGGCUGGUCAAUCGUCGCGCAGUUGUCACCGUAAUGAUUUGGCAGAAUAGUUUUCAAACAAAUUAAAUAACGUUUCGUCUUUAUUUUUAGGUAAUAUAUUCGAUCGACAAUUACAAAGACUUCUAAUAUGAAAGCGUCGUUUACUUAUAGCUCGUUUUACCUUAUUGGUUAGUUGUACUAAGGAUACUUUGUUUUUUCACAUGAUUAAAUUGAAUACAUUUCUAAAGAUUUUGAGUUCAGAAUCAUGUCUAGAGAUUGCAGUGCAUAGAUUUUCGGUCUACUUGCCCUUACGCCCGAUACAAAUUCUCGUUCACUUUUUAUAAGUAAGAUAAUAUGUAUUACCAAUAUUCGCCGUAUAUUAAUCCCAAAAUCGUGUAUAUUGGAGACGUUAAACAUUAUAGCAUAAUUCAAAAUGUUUUUUGUAUAUAUGUUUAAAUUUAAUGUCUAGAAUCUUGUUUUGUCAAAAUUUAGAUUCGUCAGGCAUCGAUUGUUGGCAUAGAGGUUAUGAACAUUUGAAGGCAUGGCAGCCAGAUAAUCUAAAUUUAAAAUUGUAUGUUGUUUAAAUGCACUGCAUAUUGUGAAUGAGUAACAAAGGUCGGUAAGUAAUAUUGAUAUCAAUAAAGGGUGAGCCUACAAAAUGACAUCAAUGUAAGCGAAUAAGAUACAUAUCGUCGUGGAUAGUACAAUAACGCGUACCUAACAUUGGACUAUGAGUUGCCAUUUCGGUCAUUUAGUGGCCAAAUCAAAUCCGCGUAAAUGUCGUGGCAACCAAAUUAGCGUGAUUUACGGGAUUCUAUUGUUAUCAGUCCGUAGACAACAUAAAUUAGUGUUUACUGUGUAAAAAUCAAAGUUAUAGCCAUUGAAAUAACAAAGUAAUAACGUUAAAUCCCUUUCCUGUAAAAUUUGUUUAGUGCACUUACGCGCCUUUAACAAUACUAUGUGCGCGGAUUUGCACUAUCCCCGACGAUAUACCAAAUAUUUUAUUAAGAAAACACUACAGUGUGUUACUUACCACCCCGCCACGAAACAAAGGUUAAUUUUAACUUGUCACCUACAGACAUCUAAAUAGACACCCCAAGUACCGCGAUCUGUAUUAAAAACAAGCGUGUCACAUUUUUCUACCUCCGAUGACGUCACAUGCGCAUGUGUUUAAUGAUGGGAAACCUGCGGCAUUAAAGCGAUUGAUUAAAUCGAAGACACGGAUGCAGCACUUAUUUAGUGUAAUGAUUUUAAGUAUUUCUUGAUUUUAAGAAUCCAUAACAAUCCAUUAACGUCGUAAAAUAUUACCACAAUAAGAGAAUUAGUUAAAUACACGUUUUGAAAAAAAAGUACCUCCGGAAAACAAAUGACAAAAACAACAAACUUUAUAGAAUAUUUUUAUAACAGUUUGUACGGUCUUAAGAAUUAUCAUCCCUUUGUUUCUUAGUACGAUCAGAAUCGAGAACUGUGUCACAUCAAGUGAUCAUCACUAAUCGUAAAAUUUGACCAAAAACAUGGCGAUGCGGCGCACAUAUGGGUAUUUGAACGAUCUACGCGGCCAAAAUGAUUUUAUAUGCUAUAUCUAUUCAAAAGGUUAUAGUUUAAAAAAAAAAGUAGUUUUAAUUAUAAAACUGGUUUAUUGUAUAUUUUUACUACAUACAUACAUAUAAAGAAAUAUUAAAAUGACUAAUGACUAUCUUCGUCACUCUCUGAAAAAUCAUUUACAAGAUUGGGCUUCACAGGCAUGAGAAGUUCCAUUGUUUCUGGCAAACAGCACUUCACCCUUUUUUUUGUUACACUCCUCAAGCUACUUAUAAGAGGAUUUGAUGUUAGGAGUAGCCUAUUAAAAAUGUCUCUGUUACAAACUCUGUUUCUCUUGAAAAAUUACGCGCAAAAUUUUGGCGGUACGACCUAAAAUGUUUGUUGCGUGCUUGCGUGCGUGCGGCCUCUUCCGAAAGCUGCCCAUGGCAAUAACGCGUUUUUUUAAUAACAGCGCCAUGAACAAGUAUCUUGUGCAUUGUUGGACUCAUUGGGUGCCAAGGGUAUAACUGCACGUAUAAACGAGCUGUCUAAAGCGUAUUUGUCGUAUUUGGCUGAAUCAAUGAUAUGCCCGCUCGAAAUUGCUUCAAGUAUAACCUUUAAUCGGAAUAUUAAAUCGUAACUAAUGCCCGUUAUAUCAGAAACCUAUAUCGGGUCUUCAAAAAAUCUUCGGCUCGUGUUACCAUCAUUGGUAUUUCCAAAAUUUGAGUUCGGUAUAUCCACUAAUAGACCCGUUUCUUGGCGAAACCGUUUCUGGAUUUCGAGUUAUUUAUAUUUCUAUAUUUUUUUCUGCUUCAGUUUUUCUCUCUCUAUAUUUCUUCACUGGCAAUUUAUAAGCCAAGUGGAGAACACUUUCGAAAAGUCUUAUUCUGGCAUGUAGAACCGAAAGUCCAAUUCUAUAUCCUCUGGAUUUACUUCUUUUUGCACAUCAAUCUUGUUGAAGUCCUUAGAAGUUGCACCACAUAUGUAGCAUCUACUUGUAGAUGUUGUACCAGUGGCAGACCUUGCCAUCUACCAUUGUCAUAAUGAAAACAUGAAUAACUGAAAACUUAUUUCCAUUUAAGUCAACUUCUGUAGUGUUAAGCGACUUCGCAGAUUUCUUCACGUAAUUUAUUUCGUCUUCUGUGACAUCCUUAUUUUCUUUUAUAAGACGGAAUCUUAUAGGGCUGCAAAAUCGAGGAGAUGAAGGCG